GAUUAUAUAUUAAUGAUUCUGUUCCGUUUAAUAAGAAAAAAAUACUUUUCCCAUUUCUGCCACCAAUUGAAAGGUUUCGAGUCUCAAAAUUGGAGUUUGAUAUAAGUAUCGACUUGUUUAGGUCGUGCUCAUUCCAUCUCUGCCCACUUUGUGUGCUUCUUCCCCUUUUGUUACGUUUCACUGUUGGCUUUCUAGGGAGAAGAGAAGAUGGGUAAUUUGUUCUGUUGUGUACAAGUUGACCAGUCCACAGUAGCUAUAAAGGAGAGAUUUGGCAAGUUUGAUGAUGUACUUGAGCCAGGAUGUCAUUGCCUGCCAUGGUUUCUUGGAAGCCAGCUAGCUGGGCAUCUCACUCUUCGUUUGCAGCAAUUGGAUGUGCGAUGUGAGACUAAAACUAAGGACAACGUCUUUGUCAAUGUUGUUGCAUCAAUCCAAUAUCGUGCACUUGCAGACAAGGCUAGCGAUGCAUUCUACAAACUUAGCAACACACGUUCCCAAAUCCAGGCUUACGUUUUUGAUGUGAUUAGAGCUAGUGUUCCAAAGCUCAACUUGGAUGAUACUUUUGAGCAGAAAAAUGAAAUUGCCAAAGCUGUGGAGGAAGAACUUGAGAAGGCUAUGUCUGCUUAUGGUUAUGAGAUUGUACAAACACUUAUUGUGGACAUAGAGCCAGAUGAGCAUGUGAAGCGAGCAAUGAAUGAAAUAAAUGCUGCUGCAAGAAUGAGGGUGGCUGCUAAUGAGAAGGCAGAGGCUGAGAAAAUUUUGCAAAUUAAGCGGGCCGAGGGUGAGGCUGAGUCUAAGUAUCUUUCUGGGCUGGGUAUUGCUCGCCAGCGUCAAGCAAUUGUUGAUGGAUUGAGGGACAGUGUGCUGGGCUUCUCUGUUAAUGUUCCCGGGACCACUGCAAAGGACGUCAUGGACAUGGUCCUUGUCACUCAGUAUUUUGACACCAUGAAGGAAAUUGGUGCUGCCUCGAAAUCAUCUGCUGUGUUUAUUCCUCAUGGCCCAGGUGCUGUCCGUGAUAUUGCUACCCAAAUUCGUGAUGGACUUCUACAGGGUUCUCACGCUCAGCAACAGUAGUUUGGUACAUCUAAAGCUUCUUUCCAUGCAUGUUGAAUUGUUGAUGUCUUAUAUGCAAGGGUGCAUCUUCCCACUCCUCCACCCCUCAUUAGUUUUCUAUGACGUGUCUAGUGUUUGUAUUUCAUGUUACUGAAAUUUGUUCAUAUUUCCAUGAUGGAUUUUAAUAUAGCAAUAAAUAUUAAAGUUGUGAUCAUAUACCAAAGAAGAAAGAAGGAAAAUGGUUAGUUGUCAUGUGGAUAUAUGAACUUUGAAAAAUCACUUCCAAAAUGUUCAUAUAAUAAAAUCUUUCUUUUGUUGGUCA